GAACUCUCCGUCAGUGGUCUCUUGACUGCGAUCCGGUACAGUCGCGUCGUGGUGCUCGUCGCUAGUUCCCGAACGAUUUCGGGUUGGUGGUCCUGCCGAGACUUGGAAAUUGUUGAUCGGUUUUCGGUGCAUUUUUUGUGUGUUGAGUUAAUUUGUUGAGACUAUAUUUUGUUGGGAUCGUUGCAGUAAAUCUGCACAUUUUUUUCGUUGAGGUGCUGGAAGCGAUUCACGCCUUUAAGCUAGAAGCAGUCUAUUAUGUGCGAACUUUCUUACGACUCGUGGACAGUACAAGUGGAAUAGAGAUUUUGGUGCUUUCAAGAAGUGCAUGAAAAUUGCAAGCAGACAACAUUUACUCAGUGGAGGAAUUUGUGUUAUUAAGUGCAGUGGGUUUUGAUUUGUGAAGAAUUUCAAGAAAAUCUUCAAUUGAUGUAUGGAGUAUUCUAUGGAAUGAGUGUGAAUUUUUUUCUCGAACCAGGAGCGAUGCAGAUUUGAAAGGAAGAUCAAUCAUUGUGCUGGUGAUCAUUUCCGACAAGUUAUUAUCAUAUCUGAACACAGUCGGUGCACAAAUGGAUUUAUGCUACAUAGCGGAUGCUUUAACGAGUGCAAUUGGAAAGGCAGUGGUGCAAAGUUAUUGGAACGUGUUAUAAACUAUAAAAAGCAGUGUUUAUUAGUUUGAUAAAGCUAAGCUUGCAGAUUUCGGCAAGUGGCAACUAAAAUAACCUGCUGAUCUUGGCACUUUGCCUGUGCGGUGCUUUACUGGCUGGUUUAAUACGUGUGAAAAAGAAACGACGAAAAGAAAAACUUUUGACAAACUGAAUAAAAAGUGAAACUCUGCUUACUGAAGCGAUAUAUGUGAGAAAGACAGUCAGAAUCCGCAAGGCGCCGUAUCCCCUGUUGAAACCGUUUGGUGAGUGUGACCAACGACAGGUGUAAGAUAAAGAAACUGUGAAUUUGGUGUUAAAAUUGAAUGUGAUUGAAUUUAAAUUAAGAAGAGUCUACGAAAUCCGAUCCUAGAACAAGUUCGUCUGCCAUUGGUGCAUUGAAAUCGCUUGUUUUCUGCUUUCAAGUUCUCGAAUCAUCCGUGGCUUAAUCCGACUAUACCCGCGUGGAGAACAUAGUGAACGGUUUUUCUUGUGAAUAACAUCGAUACAGAGAGAAUCAAUCGAACCGAGAAGAGCAAAACAACGGACAACUAAUUAAGAUGCUGCCAAAAUGAUUGAUCAUAUUCUUCAAAUUUGCCCACCAUAAUGCUAUUAAUUCAGCAAUUUUAAAACCCUGCACUAUUUAAAUGGAACACAACUCUCGAGGCUGUCGGAUAUUUUUGAAUUUGUCAGAUCAGAUCUGUUGAUAUGCUGAUGUUCAUGUCGCUACAACUGGACCCUGAUGGUGGAUUUAGGUACUUUGAGAAGCUCCACCACAAUGUGGAGUCGAUGGACCGCAUCGAUUCUACUGGUCUUCACAUAUUGGAUAGCGCAAGCAAAUACCGGUUCUAGUCACAGCAGCUUCAAGAUUAAUCCCAAACCUUGCACAGUGAACGGCAUCGAAGGUACCUGCAUGUUCGUAUGGGAAUGCAUCAAAUCCGAGGGCCAGCACGUGGGCGUCUGCAUGGACUCGUUCAUGUUCGGGUCUUGCUGCUCGCACAAUCUCACCGAAAAUGUGAUACCACAAAACUACCACCAGACUGUAACCUACCGGCCGAAGCCGGCCGGCAGCAAUAAGUAUAAGCCACCGAAACCUAGUACUUUCGUUAGUAGCAAUGGCUACACGACGAUUUACCGCCCUGGAAACGGCGGUACGUUGGUGAUUCGCCCAUCGCAUAAUCACCACCACCACCAUCAGCACCAGAAACCAUCGUCAUCCUCCUCUAGUAGUUCUAGUAAUAGCAAUAACAUCAACAGUCAUCUUUUUAGUCAAAAGCCAACAGAGGGCACUGUACAUAAACACUCUACCUUAUCGACGCCUGCGCAGCUGACGGACCUGGAGAUGGCAGGCAGUAGUAUGUCAACUGGUAUUUAUACCACCCACUGGCAGGCUACUACAGAACCUAGUUUUAUAACGAAAACGCGGCCUCCGAAACCGAGUAAGCCGUCAAAGAAACCGAUUUUAUCGAUUUCUAACAACAUUCAAAGUACUGUCUUGAAACCAAAACCAUCGGCCAAGCCGACCAAACCAAGUACCACUACUAUUAAAAAUCCUACCCAGAUUAGUAUUAUUAGUUCGAGCACCUGGCGACCAGCGCCGGUGUAUUCGUCAAGCUCGUCAUCAUCGACGAUGACGACGACGACAACGUCGACGUCGACUGCGUUAUCGUCGACGGUGGUGCAGUCCACCAGUUUAGCCACCUCAAUUGACACCAACACAAAUGCUCAGGUUGUGGACGUGUCAGCAUCAUCUGUGAUCGGCGACGAAGGUUACUCGUCGUCCCCUGAGCUUUAUACGGCGGCACCAGGACGAUACACGAUAUCAGCCGCAAGGAAUUACGAAUGCGGCGUGCAAACGAUGGGUCGACCGGAGACGCGGAUUGUGGGUGGCAAAAAUGCCCCCUUCGGACGGUGGCCGUGGCAAGUGUCGGUCCGGCGGACGUCCUUUUUCGGUUUCUCCAGUACGCAUCGCUGCGGCGGGGCUGUGAUCAACGACAACUGGAUUGCCACCGCUGGGCACUGUGUAGAUGACCUGCUGACGUCCCAGAUACGGAUACGGGUCGGAGAGUAUGACUUUUCGCACGUGCAGGAGCAAUUGCCGUACACGGAACGUGCCGUCGCGAGGAAAGUAGUCCAUCCAAAGUACAACUUCUUCACUUAUGAGUUUGAUCUGGCACUGGUGAAGCUGGAACAGCCGCUCGUGUUCGCUCCGCACAUAAGUCCAAUCUGUCUGCCAGCGACGGAUGAUCUGCUAAUCGGUGAAAAUGCCACCGUCACCGGUUGGGGCAGGCUCAGCGAGGGUGGCACGUUGCCAUCGGUUCUGCAGGAGGUGUCGGUGCCGAUUGUCAGCAACGACCGGUGCAAGUCGAUGUUCCUGCGGGCCGGACGGCACGAGUUCAUCCCGGACAUUUUCCUGUGUGCCGGCCACGAAACCGGCGGUCAAGAUUCCUGCCAAGGCGACUCGGGUGGACCACUGCAGGUCAAAGCCAAGGAUGGCCACUAUUUUCUCGCUGGCAUCAUAUCCUGGGGCAUCGGGUGCGCCGAGGCUAACCUUCCCGGUGUUUGCACAAGGAUAUCGAAAUUUGUUCCAUGGAUUCUGGAUACCGUUUUGUGAUAGAUGAGUUUUAAGAGGUGAUGAAGAUGACAAUGGAGCGCGUGUAAUGGAGGAAGCAGAAAAAGUGUUCAAUCAGUAAACGGAAAAGACUUGAUUUUUUAUGUAUAACUCAAUGUACGAACAAAGAACGAUUAUAGUCUAUGUACAUAUUCGAGUAUUUUUUUCGAGAUGAAGAGAAUCGAUGCAAAGCUUCUGUUCUCGUGGAUCAGGAAUUCUUCAGUAAAUAGCUGCUAACCACGCACAAUGUAUUUUAAACAAGUCAAAUUAGAACACCGCUGUAAAAUUUGUAUAAUUAACACCGAAGCACUGCCUUUGUAAAUAACCUUGUAUCAUAUGUUAUUGAAAAAUAGUGUUAGAUAAAUUUAUUAGAAUUGUAUAUAACCUUCCAAACGUAUGCGCAAUAGUUUUGCAAUAUUGUUAACACGUCAGUUGUUAAUUUGUAUUUAUAUGCAAAUAAAUCAAUUAUUAUAACGUAUUUCCAAAGAAUGAAA